GAAAUCUAGGAGGCGUUGGCACAGCAGGUGUUCUUUGGUAUAGCCAUAUACAUCCAUCCAUCCAUCGUCUCGGCGUACACGCUACACAACAGUGCUACACACCGUGGCGUACACCCGUGUUCUGUGGUACACCUCUACCAGUGCGGUGAUCGACUACGCAAGCCGACGUUUGGACCCGCCUUUCUCCGUAGCGUGUGGUGGUUUUCGCGGUGUGACAACGUCGUGGAGUGAACGUGUGAUUUCGCAACUCAGAAGCAUCGCUGUGUGCGCGUCUCUUGUGGUGAUCGUGGCCGAAACUGUGCGUGGCAGCGUCGUCCAUGAGCAUCUUGCGUCGUCCGUGCCGCCGUGUUGCCAUGCAGUGCCGUGGCACGGCCCCCCCCUGCCCUCCACCUACGGUGAGCUCCUUUGCCGGCCGCCGGUGUUCCGUUGAACCGGGAUCCUUGCCUUCGUCCAACAGCACACGUCGAGCUCACCUGGUUGCGUUUUAAGGCGCUGUUGUGGUCCGUUGACCGCAGCGAAAAACGUACGGGAGUCGGCGAAACGCGGCCGUCGCCAAAAAGAAGAGGAGGAUCCACGAUGGCGGUGCAUGCAGUAGCUGCUGCGGCUGCUGGUGGUGCCAAGCGCAAGGAGAUCUACAAGUAUGAGGCCCCCUGGACGGUGUACAGCAUGAACUGGAGUGUGCGGCCCGAUCGACGCUUCCGCCUUGCUCUUGGCAGUUUCAUCGAGGAGUACAACAACAAGGUGCAACUGGUAUCGUUGGACGAAGACACCUCUGAAUUCUUGGCCAAGAGCACCUUUGAGCAUCCGUACCCAACCACAAAAAUAAUGUGGAUACCCGACACGAAGGGUGUGUUUCCCGACCUGUUGGCAACGAGCGGGGACUACCUGCGGGUGUGGCGUGCGGGUGAGGACACGCGGCUGGAGUGCCUGCUGAACAACAACAAGAACUCCGACUUCUGUGCACCCCUGACCUCUUUCGACUGGAACGAGGUGGAUCCCAACCUGCUUGGAACGUCCAGCAUCGACACCACUUGCACUAUCUGGGGUCUAGAGACGGGUCAGGUGGUGGGCCGUGCGAUGGCAGGAGGCGGCGCCGUGUCCGGUCACGUCAAGACACAACUGAUUGCCCACGACAAAGAGGUGUAUGACAUCGCAUUCUCUCGGGCAGGAGGCGGCCGUGACAUGUUCGCCAGUGUCGGGGCAGAUGGGUCAGUGCGGAUGUUUGACCUGCGCCACCUGGAGCACUCGACCAUCAUCUACGAAGACCCGCAACACCAGCCGCUAUUACGUCUGGCCUGGAACAAGCAGGACCCCAACUACCUGGCCACGUUUGCGAUGGACGCUUGUGAGGUGAUAAUCCUUGAUGUGCGAGUGCCCUGCACUCCCGUGGCACGACUCAACAACCACCGGGCAUGCGUCAAUGGCAUCGCCUGGGCCCCCCACUCAUCAUGCCACAUCUGCACAGCUGCGGACGACCACCAGGCUCUCAUCUGGGACAUUCAGCAAAUGCCACGGGCAAUCGAGGACCCCAUCUUGGCAUACACUGCUGAGGGCGAGAUCAACCAGAUUCAGUGGGCGUCCACCCAGCCCGACUGGAUUGCGAUCUGUUAUAACAGUUGCCUGGAAAUACUGCGUGUCUGAGAGUGUGGCCAGGACCGGAAAGUCACUUCUUGGCAAUCGAGCACCGCCUACCUGUUAAGGAUCUCUGGCAGUCUGACAAGCACUGCGAAAUCGGAUGCUUACUCGUGCCUUUACGUGUCAGAUUGCUCGAUCCAAAAGUCGGCUCGACCAUCACAUCUUUGUUGUCUGUGCAACACCUCAAAGCAAGGCUUCGAAACCAUGGCCUAUAUGGCACGGCAACGCUGGAAGCUUAAGCAUAGAAGGAAUCCUGUUUCUGAAAGCAGACAAGGAUAUCCUUGUGUGUCAACUUUGACAAUGUGAAAGAAAUGGCUAUGCAGCAAAGGGGCACUUCCUCUUCUGUUGACAUUUUGCAGUAGUGACCCAUCAACUCCUGCUAGGAAGAUGGCGUCCAUACCAGUGACUUAUGUGAGGCCUUUGGCUAACUGUGCCAAAUUGAGCGCUAGUUGUUGCAGCCCUGGCUUGCUGCGUAUGUCAACAGAGCGCCGAGCUUCUGAUUGCACUUUCAUCUAUUUCAACACCAUCAUGAUCAUCAUUAUGUGUUGCCUCGGUGCAAGAAACUUUCCCUAGUGUAUGCGAUUGAAUUUGCACAAUGUGUUCCGUGUUAGAUUGAUCAUUGAGGCUGCCUUCUGUAGCAAUGUCUUAUCUAGAAUGGGCUUUGUGGUGUCAUUUUUUGGCAUUUUAUCUCAGUUUUAGACCUUUACUCAUUGAUCUUUCUUUUUAAUGCACCCUCUUCUCACAUGGUAGGCUUUGAGAUGUUGAAGGUAGAUUGUACAGAUAUACUGGUGAAAAAUGAAAAAUUGAUGAAUUACAGGAAAUGCAUGUGUUGUUAAAUGGUCUCUAUGUAUGUUGUCAACACAUGUCUGUAGAGCAUUUCCAGUCAGGCUUCGAUAUUUCUGUUAUGAAAAGUAGCCUACCAUAAAUCAAGCUGGUUUAUGCAAUUUAAAACUAUGUAAGCACAGUCUUUUGGCUUGUUUUAAGGAUGUGCCCUUUCGAUGUCAGGAUCAUCUGGACAAAAAAAGCUUUGUAGUACCACAAUGCUGUGCUUCAUCAUUUCAUGUAAUGUAUGGCCACAUCGCAGUAUGCAUAACUCAAAUGCAGUGUUAACUUGUGGCUGGAAUUUUUUAACAAGCAGCACUGUUUUAAAUUGGCUGUGAAGGCCCUGCUGUUUGGGAGGCCAGGUACAUGACAGGAGUAUAAUUUUCGUCUCUUAAUGCAGCAUUCAAAAAGUCGAAGGGUAUUUAUAUUAAAGACCCAUAGGUAGUAAUGUGAUGCUGUUGACCGAGAAUUUGUUCUGGUGUCACUGAAGUAUGAUAGUAUUAACAUAGUGCUGCAAUCGUUGAAAGUCCUGCACUUUACAAAUGAAGCAGCACAUACACUGGAUGACUUAAUCAAUUUUUUUUGCUUGAGCUCUUUUGAAGCUAUUGCAUUAGCAAAGGCUUCUUGUAUGAUUGCAUGCUUGCAUGUAAGUGCAGUGACAGCACAUGUCAGCUUUUUUUUUUUCCUCUCAUCCACAGCCCUGUGUAUUACGGUAUCACUGCGUAUCACUUCUUUUCUGCAUCGUGUCAGUGCGUUCAUGUCAUUUUAUUCACAACGUGACCCUGUUUGCUUGUCACGUCAAUACGCAGGGUAACAGUCAUCACAGUGUGGUGUGGUCGCGCUGGAAACUUGCCGACCGCAAGAUACGGUACACCAAAGCAACAGUCUGUUCUUAAGAACAAGUGAUAGACGGAGAUGAAACCCUAGUGCACUGAUACCUUCACGAAUCCAGUGUUCUUUUCUAUCAACAACCCUCCUGCAGGAUCAUCAGUGGCCGAUGCAGUGCACAGCUGCGAGGGCCUCCGCAGUCAUAUUAGCGUUGGUUGAGGGCAGUGGUGUUCAGCGAGUGCACAGUGUGCGAUAGAUUUUAAUAGCUCUGCACAUCGGAGUUUGUGUGGUGAUGGGGGAGAAACAUGCUUGUCAUAGGUGUGGCAUCAAUGAACGGCAAGGGCAGGUGAGAUGGCGCAAUAUGUUCUGCAUAUCUGAUACAGUGCUGUGAACAGUGUACACAACGCCGACACCAUGCCUCACAAAGCACGAUGCAGUGUGUGAGAUUUCUUUGUCUCCCGUGGACUGAAGCAGACAGCGCUGCGAGUUGGACAUUGGUACCAAUGGAGUACGCCGCUUCAGAUACAUCAGCACCCAUCGAUGCGUUUUUAACUGCUUGAUGUCAUAUAGUGUCUCAUUUACGGACUGUGUGGUGCCGUUUUUGGCCAUGGACGUCAUUAACAUGUCAUGGAAUACUAAUGUGCCGUAGCUCCAGGACAGUAAUCAUUGAAAGUAUUUUCAGAUAGUUGUCUUUUUAUCCCCUGUAUAGCAGUGAAUUUUCAUUUAAUUUUGAUGGUUUCGUCCCAAUGCAACAUUUCACAAUUUUCACGGUUUUUUUGCUGAGAAAGUAGAGAAGCUAAACUAUGAAUGCAAAUAAAAACAAAAAAUAGGUAAUUUUGGAAAAAAACUUUCCUUUUCCGACUUGCAUCUCCCCUUAAAUGGGAAACAUCAAAUGCCGCAAAUUGAAAGAAGGCAACAGUGACAUCAACAACAGCUGUUAUUAAGUGUGAAUAAGUUUUUUUCUCUGAAACACAGCAGAUAUUAUUGUAUUUGUUGCCAUAAUCACCGUCAAGUUAUAUCUUGUGUGCAGCUGUUUAAGUUAAGCUUGGUUGUUCACUGUUUGAAUUUAAGAGCCCAUAAAUGCAAAGGGAGUGGUAGAAUUAGUACUGCCCGAACUAGUGUGGCUGGCCAGUUUUCGCUGCUCCCAAUUUAAUUCCGCAUGAUUGUUUCUGACGAUUCCAUCAAUGUGAAAUCGUAAAAGUUCUCUGUAAAUGUUGCAUUGCCAAUGAAUUUCUGUGCAGCACUGAAGAUAUAUAAGCUGCUGCAUCUAAUUUAUUGCCCAAUUGAAUUGCACCAUUAUGUUGCGUUAAUCGUCUAAUGUUCUGAAAACAGGGCAAACACAAGUGAUCAUAAAAUAGCUGCUUUUUUGUCCUAUGUUGUUCAUUUUCACGCUGCCACUUUGGGAUGAUAUCCGUCACUGUGGCAAGCCAUUUUGGGCACACGACAUCACCUCAUUGAAAAUGCAUACAUAGUGGGAAAAAAUAAACGAUGCUGUGUUCCAAGAUUCACACAGUUCUCA